AUGUGCAAGUGGGAGCUGUUUAAGUGUUUCCAUAGCAACUAGUUUUCCCAGAUUUCCCUUAGGAACAGCAGGUUUUCUUUAGCCACUGCAGGAGUCAGGAUCUUUACAACUUUACUCUCUUUGUCUGCUUAAAGGUAAGCGACAAGGCAACAAAUACUCAUUUAGCAGUGAAGGAGAAACUGAGACAGUCUGCUGUCUCCUUGGUGAAAGAGCUUCCCAACAAGCUGACCAGGUUUCCUUGUCAACUGGGCAACAACAUUCCUCACUCUCACAAUAAUCAUUCCUGCUGGUCGGCCUGAAACACUGGUUCAUUCCAUUAUUUUGGGCAUGGCUGGCCAUCACGAAGAGGGCAGAGAAACAAAAGAGAUCAGCAACUUUCUUUGCUCCGAUGCAGAUCAAAAAGACAGCAAUCUCAGGCUGGAUCAUCUGACUCCCAGACCGGAUCACUGUGACCUCCUCCUAGAUGCAAUAGAUCAACAACUUGAUCAGCUGCAGAUUAUGUCUCCAAAACCAAAAAGUGAUGUGGUUCCUACAUCAAAAAAUGGUAAAAACAGAGUUGCAACAUGGAGCUUUGGCAACAUGUCGACUGACGGCGAUCUUGAUCUGGACGUCAGGCAGCAGGUCAGGUGGACAGGGUGUUGCUCCUUCAUGGAGGAUGUUGUUGAUUUGAAUGACAUCUGUGUUGACCACGGUGACAGUGACUCAGCUGGAGAGGAAGAGAGAGAAACUCAGUUUACAGCAGCGAGGAGAUUCUCUGACGGACAUGAACAGAUGAAAAGUCUUUCUGAUUCCUCCAACAGCCAGCAGAACAACAGAAAAACCAACAGUGAAAAUAAAGACAGCAGUGAAGACUUUAAAAACCUCACCAGGACGUCCACUCCAGUGAGGACAUCAGAGAGGCAGCUGUCACACUGCAUCAACUUAAAAGAGGAAGUCUUUGACCGCCGACGUAAAUGCGAAAACGAGGAGAAGAAACUCAGAUCAAAGUGGAUUCAGCUGAAAGAAGUUGAGCUUUGUCUCUCUGAACUCCAACAGAAAAAGAAGGAAACCGUUCAGCAGCUAGAACAACUGUCUGCAGACACGACUUGGAUGCAGAAGGAGAAAAAAGCUCUGGAGUUUAUCCUGAGAAACAGCAGGUACCAGCUACAGCAGUUGCAGAGGCAGACAGAGUCGCAUCAGAAAACUGUGUUCUGCUGGACAAAGCAGCUGGAGGAGCUUCAUGAGGAGCUGCACAGGGCCACAGAGGCAGGGAGCUCACUGCUGAACAGAUGUGCAUGUCAGCAGAAACAGCUGGAGAAAAGGCAUCAGAUUGAGGAGCCCCCUGAUGUUCAAGUCAGCGAGCUCCAGCACGAACUGGGAGAAUGUAGGAUCAAAGUGGGAAGACUGGCCGAAAUGUUGGCAGAUAAGGAGCUGCAGCUGAUGGAUUUGCAGGAGGAACGAGACUCUCUGCAAGCGGAGAGAAACAACCUGAUGAGGGAGCUGCAGCUCUACAGAGAGCUGGUAGAAGCUCAGGUAGUGAUGCAAGAACUGAACCUCCACAGGCAAGACAAAGAUCAAGCUUUAAAGGCACGUCUUAAUCAGGAGCACAUUGAGGAGUUCUGCAGUCUGAAACGUGUUCCUGGGUCUGACGGAUGGGCGGCAGCGUCUCUCUGCAGGCAGCUGAAGGCCCAGGAUCUGGAGCUGAGGCAGCUUCAGAUCAACACGGCUCAGUGGAAGCAGCAGACUGCGGCUCGCCUCGCAGGCAGCUUUACCGAGCAGCUGAUGGCUGAUCUGGAGAGGUGCAAGACAAUGCUGAUGAGGUGCAGAAAUGCAUCAAAGAUGAAAGAAACAAGUCCUGACAGAAGCACCAUGUCUGGCGCAAAGGAAUCUCAGGAGGCUGUUUGCUCCCACUUGCAUCACGCAGUGGUCGGCGCCGCUGCACACAUCCCCUCAGACAUCUCUUUGUUUCAGCUUCUUUGCUCCCUGCAGAGCAGAGUGAAGCAGCUCCAGGAAGAAAAUCAGGCUUUCCCAGACACACUUAGCUUUGAUGUAUCAGGAUCCUCUCUGACAACAGUGAGAGGGGAAUUACCCAAAGGAGAUUUUUGAGGAUAUUUCACUGCUAAGUAUAAUUACAGGCUGUGCAGUGGCAUGCAAAUGUAUUUACACCCCUUGGAGUUUUUUGUAUCGUCUUACUUUGCAACUGCAACUCUCCUGUGGGCAGAAGUGGUUCAGUGGGUAAAGUAGUUGUCUUGGACUCCAUAAGUUGAGGGUUUGAUUCCAGCUUUCUCCUGCCACAUGAUGAUAUGCCCUUGGGAAAGACACUAAACCCCAAGAUCUGUACUGAUGUGAGUUUGAAAGGCUUUUAAGAGACUGGUGUAAAGUGCUUGGAGCUCUAAGUAUUCCAGAAAAGCACUAAUAAAUUUGGCCCAUUCAUAUUUUAUACUAGACUAAAACAAAUUAGAGCAAAAAUGAGAACCGGAAGGAAAAGGAGACAUGCUGUGCCACUUUUUUAUAAUUAAAAUUUUUUAAAAUGUGGGUUAAUAUUCAGGUCCCACUGAGUUAAUUCCUCGUAAAGCCAUUCUUUGUGGUAUGACUCCAAAACCACACAACUGAAAUGAUGUUGAAUGUAUUUUAAAGCCAACCAGUGAUAGAAGAAUAAAAGGCAGGUUUCUGUGACGUCUGUGCUGAGAAAAAAGGGAUCUUCCUUGGGCUGUCGACAAUGAACUGUAAAUUAAAUCCUGCCACUUUUGUUAAAUAACCUAAUAAAACUGUCAUGUGUGA